CCUAAUUUUGCGUCCUUCCGACUGCCUUCCAUUUUUGAAGACAUUUAUUUUUUCAUGUUGGAGCGGCCACUUAAGUAUCUGGUCAAUAUAAUGGAUAAUCUGUGACCGUGCAUUCGCUGUGACGAGCCAAGGCGAAGAAAGUUGGGGGAAAGAUGCACGAAGAGGCUGGCGGAGAGGAGAACUCUACACGGGAGCCAUCAAUUCAGGCCUCCAAGUUGGUGGACGCGGGCGAACCCGAAUCACCGAAGGACCCGGUUGCGAAACUUUGCGGUUAUUUGACUAAACUCGCUGGAAAAGGGCCGCUGCGGGGGUUUAAACUCCGCUGGUUUGUGUACGACGAGAGGAAAUGUUAUUUGUAUUACUUCAAGACUCCCCAAGACGCCUUGCCGCUGGGGCACAUAGCGAUAGGCGAAGCCAGCUUCAGCUAUGAUGUGGAGGGUGAUGAGGGGCAGUUUGAGAUCCGCACCGCGGGGAAGGAGUUUCUACUCAAGGCCCCUAACCGCCAGGUGAUGCAGUACUGGCUCCAGCAGCUGCAGCAGAAGCGUUGGGAGUUCAGUAACACCAGAGGGUCUGGACAGAGGGACAGCUGGAGUUCCCCUACCCCUUACACUGGCCUGGUGGCCAAAGAUACAGAUGUCUUUGUGUUUGAGAAGCCCAGUCACAGUGAUAGCAUGGAGAAGGUACGCAGCGACUUCGCUAUGGAAACAGACACGGACGGACUGGUGGGUGUCCAAUCAGCACGAGGCCCCCACCACCACCCCAACCCCCUCAACUUCUCCAGCAAGCUGGGCCACUGGAGCACAGAGCUCAGGAACUCCAUGUCAGGUCUGCGUGUGGGUCGAGGAGGAGGAGAGAACAGACGCUCUGUCUUCUACACUGGGACCAGCUGCAGUGCUGAGGAGUGGGAGAUGUUGGACGCUCCUUCAACCAAGGACAUCAACCAGGACCACAAACCUCCUCCCACCCAGCCCCAGCCCCAGCCUCAGCCGCAGACUGACACACACAGACACUCCACUGGGUCUCCGUUCUCAUUUGACUUCGGGCGGAGCAGCAGUUCGUCGUCGCGGCCCAAGCGGACCACUCUGCGGGACAUGAUGGGUUCAGGGAGGUUGGGACGCAGCUCAGAGAGCCCUUCCCCCUCCUCUCAUGCCACGUCCCCAGUGGAGUGUAACGGCAACAGGACCAAUGAGCUGCAGCUCCGCCUCCAGAGCCAGGAACAGGAACUGACACGCCUCCACGAGGAGAACAACAACCUCACUGAGGAGUUGGCCUCACAGAAGGAGCUGGUGAGACUGCUUCAGCAGACCUUGAGGAGCACCCAGAGGGAGAUACGACCAGCGCCACCAGCCCCAGUAUUAACCCCAGUACCUGGACCUGUCCCAGUCCAAGCCCCAGUAUUAACCCCAGGACCUGUCCCAGUCCCAGCCCCAGUAUUAACCCCAGGACCUGUCCCAGUCCCAGCCCCAGUAUUAACCCCAGUACCUGCCUCACCUCCAGCUUCACCUCCAGCCUUAGGACCAGGAGCUGCCCCAGCCUCAGGACUAACCCCAGCUCCAGCCCCAGGGUUCCCCCAGAUGGAGGCCCUCCUCCUGGAGAGGGAUGGCCAGGUGCAGGCCCUGUGUGGCCAAAUGGAGCGUCUAGCCCUGGAGAAGGAGUCUCUACAGAGGGAGCUGAAAGGACUGAAGGUCAAGGUUGGGGAGAUCAAUGAGCAGCUGAGCAUGCUGAUGGAGACCAUCCAGGCCAAAGACGAGGUCAUCAUUAAACUGUCCCAGACACCCCCCCAGGGAGCAGACGGGAACACCCCCCCGCUCCAGGACUGCAGCUCAGCCCCACCCCCCGCCAGCCAGCAACAGGAGAUAAACAACCUCAAGGACAGUGUUCAAGGCUAUAAAUCCCAGAACAAGUUCCUGAAUAAAGAGAUCCUGGAGCUGACUAUUCUACUGAGGAAUGCUGAGGCCAGGGAGAAAACUCUGGAGGCCAAGUAUGUGGCGUUGGAGGCUAAGCUGUGUCAGGUGGAGAGUAAGUACCUGGUGCUUCUUCAGGAGCUGAAGAACCCUGUGUGUUCCUCUUCAGAGCAGAGUCCUGCCAGGGAGGUCAUCUCUAGACUGUUGGAGGACGCACUGGACAACACUGAACCUACGGAACAUGCCGUCUUUAAACCACACCCUGUCAGUGAGUAUGAUGUGUUUGGCUUCAAAACGGUUCCAGAGGAGGAUGAUGAAGAGGAAAAGCUGAUAGCCAAGGUGAGGGCUCUGGACCUACGUUCCCUCUCCCUAACAGACCCUGAGGUGUCAGUGGGGGUGAAGUGGGAGAACUAUCUCUCCUCUACCAUGAACAGAGACAUGGUGCGCUGCCCGGAGCUCAAAGCCCUUAUGAGGAGCGGAGUACCACAUGUCCACCGCUCCAAGGUGUGGCGCUGGUGCGUGUCCUACCACACCAGGAAGUUCCGUGACAGCAUGGCUCCAAACUACUACGAGACCUUACUGGGUGUGGCCAGAGACAAGGCUAAUCCCGCCUCCAAACAGAUAGAGCUUGACCUGCUGAGGACCUUGCCUAACAACAAACACUACUCCUCCCCCAGCGCCGAAGGAAUACAGAAACUACGUAACGUCCUGCUAGCCUUCUCCUGGAGGAACCCCGACAUAGGAUACUGCCAGGGACUCAACAGGCUGGCAGCCAUAGCGUUGCUGUACCUGGACCAAGAGGAUGCCUUCUGGUGUCUCAUCACUAUCGUAGAGGUCUUCAUGCCCCGGGAUUACUACACCAAGACCCUGCUGGGAUCACAGGUGGACCAGCGUGUUUUUAAGGACCUGCUGAGUGAGAAGCUGCCCCGACUCCACGCCCACUUUGACCUCUACAAGGUCGACUCCUCCCUCAUUACCUUCAACUGGUUCCUGGUCCUCUUCGUAGACUCAGUGAACUCUGACCUCCUCUUCAAGAUUUGGGAUGCCUUCCUGUACGAGGGACCAAAGAUCAUCUUCCGGUUCGCCCUCGCUCUCUUCAAGUACAAGGAGGAAGAGUUCCUGAAGCUUCUGGACUCCAUGGCCAUCUUCAAGUAUCUCCGCUAUUUCACUAGAACCAUCCUGGACUGGAGGAAGUUGAUGAGCAUGGCGUUUGUGGACAUGAAUCCGUUCCCCCUGAGACAGAUCCAGAACCGACGGACCUUCCACCUGGAGAAGGUUAGACUGGAGCUAACAGAGCUUGAUGCCAUCAGACAGACCUUCCUCCGAGAGAGAGAGACGCACACCACGGCGCCCGACGCGCGCACGCUUUGUAGCGACGAUGAGGAGGACAACUAGCACACAGCCUAUCAGGGUGCAGUGCCUGCAGACAACAGCCUAUCAGGAACCACGUCUGGGUGAUUCUAUCCUAUCAUGGCCCAUCACCUGCAGACUCCAGCCAAUCAGGGCCCAGGGAUUUCAGACUCCAGCCAAUCAGGGCCCUAGCCUGGGUGUCCUGCCCACCUGCAGAUGCUGUCAUGAGUAAUGACCCACCAUGAUGACAAGCGCUGUAUCCACAGACUCCCCACUCAUUCACAAGUAGCUGCUCUGCAAUGCUGGACUUUUUUGUUGUUGGUGUAUAUUCUUCAUAGCUGGACCUGUCACCUCCAUGUUCUCCACAUGCUGGACCUGUCACCUCCAUGUUCUCCACAUGCUGGACCUGUCACCUCCAUGUUCUCCACAUGCUGGACCUGUCACCUCCAUGUUCUCCACAUGCUGGACCUGUCACCUCCAUGUUCUCCACAUGCUGGACCUGUCACCUCCAUGUUCUCCACAUGCUGGACCUGUCACCUCCAUGUUCUCCACAUGCUGGACCUGUCACCUCCAUGUUCUCCACAUGCUGGACCUGUCACCUCCAUGUUCUCCACAUGCUGGACCUGUCACCUCCAUGUUCUCCACAUGCUGAACCUGUCACCUCCAUGUUCUCCACAUGCUGAGGACUGCGGCUUGUUGAGGACCAGUGGACCAAAACGCUGGCGGCCAAAUGUUCUUGCUAUUACUUCCAGCAUUCCUGCCAAGCUUUUGUAAACACCAUAAUCGCUGUUUGUUGAUCUGUUAGUUGUGGCUGAGGGACAUUGAGUUGAGAGAUUGACAUGACAACCACCAUGUUAUUCUGUCCCAUAGCCAUACAGCUGUGAUUGCAGAGCUGGAUCAUUGCAAUCUGAAUCAGUAUUUUUCAAAGAAAUCAUUGUGCUUGUUGAGAGGAGGGACUGAUUGUAUUUUCUGAUGUAAAUCUUUUUCUUCAAUACAACCUCUAAUCUGAAUGCUUUAGCCCUCCCAAAUGAUAGGUAGGUGGGUGUCUUGGUGGUAGGAGACCAUGCUGCAGUAGUAGACAGUACAGGAACCAACACACCUGGUCUACCAAAGACUUGAACCACUUUUACAGAAACGUCUGUUGAUUGGCGCUUUCCAUGGAAACCUUGGACCAAUAAUAGUCCAUCAUUCCAGGCUCCAGUAAUGUUCUAGGAAUGCAUUCUAGAAGCAGAACCCGGGUUCACCUCGGCCCCUGUCGUGGGGCAGGAGUUCUUCACCUCGGCCCUGUCGUGGGGCAGGAGUUACUUAACUCUGCACAGCUUCAAGUCACUCUCCAGUGACAUACUGUCAUCAUAGCACCAUCAUGUGACUGUCCCUCUCCAGUGACCUACUGUCAUCAUAGCACCAUCAUGUGACUGUCCCUCUGUAGUGACCUACUGUCAUCAUAGCACCAUCAUGUGACUGUCCCUCUGUAGUGACCUACUGUCAUCAUAGCACCAUCAUGUGACUGUCCCUCUCCAGUGACAUACUGUCAUCAUAGCACCAUCAUGUGACUGUCCCUCUCCAGUGACAUACUGUCAUCAUAGCACCAUCAUGUGACUGUCCCUCUGUAGUGACCUACUGUCAUCAUAGCACCAUCAUGUGA